ACCCGGGGCUAGAUGGGUGGGGAGGGAGGGAGAGGGAGGGAAGUAGGGAGAAGCUGACACACUGAGACGGACCCAGAGAGCAAGACUCCAGAGAAGGAGCAAGGGGACAGAGGAGGGAGAAAGAGAGACUGCAGAGCUGCAACGAGGACCCAAGAGGGCGGUGGUGGGAGUCACAGGGGCAGACCGGGCUCCUCCUCCCCCUACUCCAACCCCGGGGACCCUUCCAGUCCCGGCCGCAGAGGCUGGGGAUGGCGGAUUCGUGCCGGAACCUCACGUACGUGCAGGACUCGGCGGGCCCGGCCACCAGCACCCUGAUGUUUGUGGCGGGCGUGGUGGGCAACGGGCUGGCGCUGGGCAUUUUGGGGGCGCGACGGCGAUCACGCCCCUCGGCUUUCGCGGUGCUGGUCACUGGGCUGGCGGUCACUGACCUGCUGGGCACGUGCUUCCUGAGCCCGGCGGUGUUCGUGGCCUACGCCCGCAACAGCUCACUGCUGGGCCUGGCCCUGGGCCGCCCGACGCUGUGCGACGCCUUCGCCUUCGCCAUGACCUUCUUCGGCCUGGCCUCCACGCUCAUCCUCUUCGCCAUGGCCGUGGAGCGCUGCCUGGCCCUCAGCCACCCCUACCUCUACGCCCAGCUGGACGGGCCGCGCCGCGCCCGCCUGGCGCUGCCGGCCAUCUACGCCUUCUGCACCGUCUUCUGCUCGCUGCCCCUGCUGGGCCUGGGCCAACACCAGCAGUACUGCCCGGGAAGCUGGUGCUUCAUCCGCAUGCGCUCGGCCGAGCUGGGUGGCUGUGCCUUCUCUCUGGCCUAUGCCAGCCUCGUGGCCCUGCUAGUGGCCGCCAUCAUCCUCUGCAACGGCUCCGUCACCCUCAGCCUCUGCCGCAUGUACCGCCAGCAGAGGCGCCACCAGGGUUCGCUGGUCCCAGGUCCCCGGACUGGCGAGGAUGAAGUUGAUCACCUGAUUCUGCUGGCCCUCAUGACCGGCAUCAUGACUGUGUGCUCCCUGCCUCUCACGAUCCGUGGCUUCACCCAGGCCAUUGCCCCAGACAGCAGUGAGACGUGGGACCUCCGCGCCUUCCGCUUCAAUGCCUUCAACCCCAUCCUCGACCCCUGGGUCUUCAUCAUUUUCCGCAAGGCUGUCUUCCAGCGGCUCAAGUUCUGGUUCUGUUGUCUGGCCCUGAGGCCUGCUCAAGAUCCCUCACAGGCAGCCGUCUCCCAGCCUGCCUUGGGAAGGAAGGACUCAAGGGCCCCCACGACUCUCGGUGGGAAGGAGGGGAGCUGGGUGCCUUUGUCAGCUUGGGGUGAGGGGCAGGGGCCACCCUUGCCAGCUGCACAGCCAUUCAGCAGCACCGUGGGAAUGCCGUCCAAAGUGGGGUCCGAGGCUGCCUGCUCCCUCUGCUGACAUCUGCCCCAUGAUCUUCUGCCCUGUCUUCCGGGAGCAGGAGCCAGAAAUUCAGGGACAUGACUGAUGGCUGCAAGUGAAUAAGCCAAGAGAUGGAUCCUGGAGUCCUGCCUGCCAGAACCCUGACCCCCUGGAUUCAGGGGGUGAUCAGCUGCUAUUUCUCCUCCUUCAGGGUGGUCAUGAUGUGGGAGAGGGAUAGGGAACAAUAAAAAGAACAGUUCUCUCAAAAUAUCCAGUGGCCUGGCCAGCCUGGACUGGCCCUCGUUAGCCCAUCCAUCUCACUGUCUAAAUAUUUAGAAGGCAGAACAGUUCCCAGCAGCUUCUGUGUGCUCAGGUCUGCUCUGGUUAGAGUUCUGGCUCUGAUCCUCAUUCAUUCAAGGUGCCCUGGUCACCCACUCCCACUCCCCUGGGGGAGUGGCUGCCCUCCCCCAGCCCACUCCCAGAGCCACCCUUUCUCCGCCUCCUGGGUACCAGGGAUUCCCUGACAAGCUCCCUCCUCCUCUUUCUUCUGAUUCCCCAUCGGACUGGGGAGCCCUGUUCCCCCAAGGGGAGCUGGGAGGAAAGGGAAACUGUUGCAUUGUGGGUGACAACACUGGACAGCUGCCUGGGAAAGGAAACUACAUGGCUUGGUGGGUUGCAAGAUGUGGCUGGUGGGGCCAUGGGUGGCCGGGGAGCUGGAGAAGCUGGAGGAUGAUUGAGUGGGAGGUAUGGAACCCAGGGAUGGCCCAAGAACUCAGACCUAAGUCCUGUGUCUGUCCCUGAAUAAAUAGCUGCCUCCUCAUAGAGCCUGA